AAGAUCUUUCAGAAACACUAAUCCUUUGUUUUUUCACACUUCCCAUUGUUUCAAGCUAUCACCUCUUUUAUAAGAACCGAUAUGUAUUUAUGACAAAAAUUAAAUGAUAAACAAUGGUCAAAAAGACAAACAAAGAAACUUUGCAACCAUACCAACUACCAGACAUGAAGUUUAAUCUAGAAUCAAUUGCAAAGUCAACUAUGAACACUCCCUGCAUGAUUCAACUUUUGAUGCCAUCACCAUCACCCUCACAUCUUUAUCUUUCUGUUUUCAUUGGUCAAAAGUCAAAUGGCUCAUCAGGGUUCCAUGAACAAGAUAAAUUAAGAAGCUUUUUGUUUCUAUUAUAGCUGCAAGCUCAUUUCAUGAUAUGAUGAAGAUGAACAUCUUAUUAUUAUUAUCUCUAACAUUGUUUCUGCUUCUCAUUAGUCCUGCUCUUUCACUUCCAUUGUGUACAGAUUUAAGUGCACCAGUUACACACAAGACUCCUCUGACUUUCUGUAAUUACAAUGGCAGUUCAUGCUGCGAUUCUACCGAUGACUCGAAUAUUCGGAAGCAGUUUGAAUCCAUGAAUGUAUCUCAACCUGCCUGUGCUUCUGUUCUCAAAUCCAUCCUCUGUUCGAGAUGUGAUCCAUUCUCAGCAGAACUGUUUACAAUCAAAACCGUUGCCAGACAAGUUCCUGUUCUAUGCAACUCAACAGUUUCAUCAACCAACAAUUAUUGUGAAACAGUAUGGGAUACAUGUCAAAAUGUAUCCAUAACAAAUUCACCAUUCUCACCAUCAUCACAAGGUGAAGCUCCCACACCAACAAACUCCAGCAACAAACUCACUGACAUCUGGCAAUCAAGAUCCGAUUUCUGUAACAUAAUUGGCGGACCAUCCGUCAACAAUUCCGUUUGUUUCGAUGGCAAGAAAGUCAGCCUAAACAUCACUACAAACAGCACAAAAUCUCCCCCAACCGGCAUGUGUUUGGAAAAGAUAGCCAAUGGCUCUUAUCUUGACAUGGUGGCUCAUACAGAUGGUUCAAACCGCGCGUUUUUCUCCAACCAGAAAGGUCAAGUCUGGUUGGCAACGAUUCCUGAAGUCGGGUCAGGACGCGGGUUGGAACUUGAUGAGUCCAACCCGUUUCUUGAUUUGACUGAUCAGGUUCAUUUUGAUACUCAGUUCGGGUUGAUGUCCAUCGCUUUGCACCCUAACUUUGCACAAAACGGGCGGUUUUUCGCCUCGUUUAAUUGUGAUAAGACGCGAACACCAAGUUGUGCUGGAAGGUGUGCUUGUAAUUCGGAUGUGAAUUGUGAUCCUUCGAAGCUGACUUCGGAUAGUGCAGCUCAGCCGUGCCAGUAUCAAAGUGUCGUGGCGGAAUACUCGGCUAAUGUUUCGUCAUCCUCUCGGGCAUCUAUCAUUCCAACGGCUUCGCCGGUGGAAGUGAGGAGGAUAUUGACAAUGGGGCUUCCGUUCACGUCUCACCACGCCGGGCAGAUUCUUUUUGGACCGAACGAUGGGUACUUGUAUUUCAUGAUGGGGGAUGGUGGUGGAGGUGAUCCGUACAAUUUUGCACAGAACAAGAAGUCUUUGCUUGGCAAGAUUAUGAGAUUUGACGUCGAUAACAUACCCAGUGAAUCAGAAGUCACUCGUCUUGGACUAUGGGGAAACUAUUCUAUCCCGAGUGACAAUCCGUAUAUCGAAGAUAAAGAUUUACAGCCAGAAAUCUGGGCCUUAGGAUUACAGAACCCGUGGCGUUGCAGCUUUGACUCAGAAAGACCAUCGUAUUUCAUGUGCGGAGAUGUAGGCCAGAAUGACUAUGAAGAAGUGGAUAUAAUAACAAAAAACGGGAAUUACGGGUGGCGUGUUUAUGAAGGAACCACCAUUUACACUCCCGAAAAAAGUCCUGGUGGAAACACAUCUAUAAGCUCCAUAAAUCCUAUUUUCUCAGUAAUGGGAUACAAACAUAAAGAUAUAAACAAGAAUGAAGGUUCGGCUUCAAUCACCGGCGGGUUCUUUUAUCGGUCCACAACCGAUCCGUGUUUAUACGGGAGUUACUUGUAUGGAGAUCUAUACGCGCAUAACUUGUGGGCCGGGGUAGAAACACCUGAAAAUAGCGGGAAUUUUACGACGAGUAAUGUUACUUUCGGUUGUGCUAAGGAUUCUCCUGUACCGUGUGAUCUUGUACCAGGGAGUGAGCUUCCUACAUUGGGUUACCUUUUUUCGUAUGGUCAAGAUAAUAACAAGGAUGUAUAUUUGUUAUCUUCUAGUGGUGUGUAUCGGAUUGUUCCUCCAAGCCGUUGUGGGUACACAUGCGCAUAUGAAAGUAGGACCGAGGGCUCGACCCCAGCUCCAACUUCACCUCGUGGUUCGAGUUCAAACAUGUUGAAGGGUUCAUGCAAGAGUUUGUUGUUGCUUCUCUUGCUUUUCAUUGGGUUGAGCUACUAGGCUCCAUGACAUCUUACUCUUGUAUUAUUGUAUUAUCAAGUAAAUUGCCAUCAAAUUUUCCUAAGUAUUAUAUUUCUGUAAUCUUAUGGACCACAAUUAUUGUCCCCACUUACUGUUGAGUGUUAAUGUCUGAAAGUGAUUUAUAAAUAUUUAUUUUCCUUUUGAAUGAAA